UCAUGACAGCAGGUUGGUGUGGGAGGAGACAGACAGGAAUAUAAAGAGUCUGUCUCAGAGUUCAGCCAACACACCUCCACUGAACAGUCUUGAGUACACACACUGCCAGGGCUCCUGCAUAUACAAGGAAUUAUGGCGAAGCGUGUUGCAGUUAUUCUCUCAGGCUGUGGCGUCUAUGAUGGCUCAGAGAUCCACGAGGCUUCCGCUAUUCUUGUCCACCUGAGUAGAGCUGGAGCAAAAGUGCAGAUGUUUGCUCCAGACACAGAUCAGAUGCAUGUUGUAAAUCACUGUGAUGGGAAACCGACAGAGGAGAAAAGAAACGUCCUGCAGGAAAGUGCCCGUAUCGCCAGGGGUGAAGUGACUGAUCUGGCCAAGUUAGACGUGUCAGCAUUUGAUGCCGCCAUCAUCCCAGGGGGAUUUGGUGUGGCGAAGAACCUGAGUGACUUUGCAGUGAAGAAUAAGGACUUCACCAUCCAGCCACAUCUGGAGAAGCUCCUUAAGGCUUUCCACAAGGCUGGAAAGCCCAUGGGAAUGUGCUGCGUCUCCCCCAUUCUCGCUGCCAAAAUCGUACCUGGCUGUGAGCUCACAGUAGGACAUGACAAAGAGUGUGAGAAGUGGCCAUAUGCUAAUACAGCGGGUGUUUUCAAGGAGAUGGGCUGCAAACAUGUGAUCAAGGAUGUGGAGGAAGCUCAUGUUGAUGUGAAAAAUAAGCUGGUCACCACUUCUGCCUUCAUGUGCAACGCCCCUAUGCAUAAAGUUUUUGAUGGAAUAGGUGUCAUGGUUACAGAGACACUGAAACUGGCUUAAGAAGUCUCUACAUUCUGGAUAUUUGUUUUUAUUUACAGAAAAAUCAAUUGUUUUGUGAUUAUCUACACCAGCAUUAUUUGAUAUUAACUUGUUGCACUUAUCUGUAAGAAUUCAUUUGUUACAUCUUGUUAUUAUCAAUGUGUGGUUUUGACAUUUUCAAUAAAACUACUAUACAAAUUAUAA